ACCAGUGCCUUCCACACCAGCUAAAGACCAUCACUUACUAGUGACUGCAAGGGGUGGGGGGAAAGGGGGCUGGGAUUUGAGAAAGAGGCAAAAUCUGUGUCACUUUCAAAAGUUUCUCCCCCUUCUCAUUUGUGUGGGCUGCAAGCUGCAACGUUGUCUUCAGAAUAAGAGGAAAAUUCAGCCUUCACACACAGGCGUUUCGAAAUUCAAGGAGCAAAUGUGAAAUCUGAAAUUCAGCGUGCCGAAUUGGGACAAAACAAAACAAAAGGAAAGAAAAAAACAAAAAAAAGAACGCCCAGGUUGCAAACAGGUUUCUUUGCCCUGUCGGUGUCUGUCCCAGCUACCACACACUGUGCUCCAUAUAAAUAUAGAUUGAUAGAUUUAGACACACAUGGACAUUUGUGAGUUGGGUGCAUGACUUUGCCGCCCCCUCCCUCUGCUGUUGGAAGGAGGAUCUAAAGGCACAUUCACGUCUUCCUGUUUUCCUGGAGAGGUUUUUUUGGACUCUGGACACGCUUUGGGGAAGCCUGCUUUGGGGACGGCAGCGGAUAUUUUGCUAAAGCGACGAGCUCAAGCCCGCAGAGUAAACAAGUGACUCUUUUUGCAUUGAACUUUGUAACUUUGCAGCUCCGUGCAUUGAUUCUACUACCUCUCCUGCGCCGUUGCCUGCUUCCUGGAGCAUUCUGUGGACUGUAUUAUGGCCAUGGUGGUUAACCCUUGGCAGGAGGACAUUCCUGGUGUGCAAGGGCCUCAGGUGAACAACCCACCAGGGCUCUGCAAUCAAGAUCCAGGUGGUACCCCUCAAACACCCACCACCCCAAAAGGAGGUAUCCCUGGGCAGGAUCCUGUUCAUUCUGGGGAUAAAGGGGUACCUAAUGUGGACUGCUUGGUGUGUGGAGACAAGUCAAGUGGGAAACACUAUGGACAGUUCACCUGUGAAGGUUGCAAGAGUUUCUUUAAGAGGUCGGUGAGAAGGAACCUAACCUACACGUGUAGGGGCAACAGAGACUGUCCCAUAGAUCAGCAUCACCGCAAUCAGUGCCAGUACUGCCGCCUGAAGAAGUGUCUCAAAGUUGGCAUGAGAAGAGAAGCAGUGCAGCGCGGACGGAUGUCUCACCCACAAACCAGCCCCGGCCAGUAUACUCUUAACAACGUUGACCCCUACAAUGGGCAUUCAUACCUAACAGGAUUCAUCUCCUUGCUUCUCCGAGCAGAACCGUACCCAACCUCUCGGUAUGGGGCACAGUGCCUCCAACCGAACAACAUCAUGGGCAUUGAGAACAUCUGCGAGUUGGCCGCUCGCCUACUCUUCAGUGCUAUUGAGUGGGCCAAGAACAUUCCUUUCUUUCCUGACUUCCAGCUCUCCGACCAAGUAUCCCUGCUUCGUAUGACAUGGAGUGAGCUGUUUGUUCUUAAUGCAGCACAGUGCUCGAUGCCCCUCCAUGUCGCUCCACUGUUGGCAGCCGCCGGCCUCCAUGCAUCUCCGAUGUCCGCUGACCGUGUGGUGGCCUUUAUGGACCAUAUUCGAGUCUUUCAGGAGCAGGUGGAAAAGCUGAAGGCACUUCAUGUUGACUCUGCAGAAUAUUCCUGUUUGAAAGCCAUAGCUUUGUUUACACCUGAUGCGGUGGGAAUAACAGACAUUGGCCACGUGGAAAGCAUUCAAGAGAAAUCCCAGUGUGCCCUGGAAGAGUACGUCCGAAACCAGUACCCAAACCAACCGACGCGGUUUGGGAGGCUUUUGCUCCGCCUUCCUUCUUUGCGCAUCGUCUCCGCUCCUGUUAUAGAGCAACUUUUCUUUGUGCGCCUGGUUGGCAAGACCCCCAUUGAGACUUUAAUUCGAGACAUGCUCCUGUCUGGGUCCAGCUUUAAUUGGCCCUAUAUGCCUAUGCAGUGAUGGGGUUCAUAGUGCUCCUCAGACUUCUAACGCCCCACUAAAGAGGAACUAGAAGAAGCCUUUAUUGUCAUGAAAAAAACAAAGCUUUCCACCAUGGCCAGAUAAUGAAGAUGAUGCUCAAAUAGGGUGUCCAUUGUCUCCAAGCUUCAAGUACAAGGCCUUUAAUGAUGGACAUUGCUCUUAUAGACACAUUGUGGCUUCCUCUGAAGUUUUAUUUUCCUACGUGCUGUCAAGGUAAAAAAAAGGUCAACUCUGCCAAUGAAAAUAUUGCCUAUCAUGACCUCACCGAUUUGGUGUGAGGACUCUUGCCCACAAGAUAGACUUACGUUCAUGGCACAUCACCCCUAAUCUUAUCAUGGUGAAUCUAUGUAAAAAUCGAAUUUUGGUACCAGCAAGUGUCCCAACAGGGGAGAAAAUAAAUCAAAUUUCUUUUGGUGUUGACAGCAUUUCCCCCUCUCAAAAAUAUUCUUCUCGUUUAGCCCUGAAAUCAGGAGACCUCUAGAAAAGAUGGACAAUAAAUGCCUCCUGGGUUCUGACAGAUGGUUCUUUUUGAUACUGAUGGACUCUCAUGUGCAUUGGCUACUCUUAACUCCAAUAAAUUUAAAAAUAAAAUCGGCUAGCACUAAAAUCUGCAACAAAAAGCACUGAAAAAGCCCUGGCCACUUAAUCCCCACCCCAAGUUGGGGCACUGAACAAAAGACUAUUUAUAUAAGAAAAGAAUGGGCAUUUUAAAUGUAUUAACUGCCUGCUUUUUCAUAAAUGACAUGUAUAUUUUUUCCAUUCCCUCCCCCCCCAACCUCCCGCCUUCCCGCGCUGUUCCUCUGCUCUUUAUUCCGAUUAUGUAUGUUUGUAAGAUAUUUUUUUGGAGUGAAUUGUGGAUUUUUUGGAAACCAGCAACAUAAAAGACUUGUUUAUUUCGUUUUUGUUUUUUUUUUUGGUGGAUCUGAGUAAUUAUUAAAAACAAUAUCU